AUGGCUCGCUACGAGUCUGUGGACACGUACGAGGCCGAGAGUAUGCUAUACAAGGACCACCUGGAGACUCGCAGCCACGAGCCGCGCUGGUUCAUGUGGGUCUUCGUGGUAGUACUCGGUGUCGCGACAAGCGCGCUGUCAGUUGGCAUGGUAACGUGUCUGCACAUGUUCAAUGCAGUGCGCUACGAACUUCUCGGCUUUGGACUGCGCGGCUUUACCUUUGUAGAUGCGCAGCGGUAUCCCAACGUUAGUGAAGCGCCGCCAGUAAACGUGAUGGGCAGUAGCGGACGCGACACUGCCCACAGCGCCUCGCUCGAUGUGUGGGCGAUGCUGAGGGGAAACAACGUGGGUCUAUACGGGAUCGCGUCCCCGCGCUGGUACUGGUCUGGGUACGCCUUGUGGAUCGCCUUUGCCGUUUGCACUUCCGCAGUCGCUAGUGGAGUGUGCUACCUUGUUCCGCAGAGCGUCGGUUCGGGGAUUCCGGAGGUGCUCGCCUAUCUCAACGGUGUAUCGUACCCGAUGAUGCGCAGCACCCGCGUGCUCGUGGCGAAGCUUGUCGCCGUCGUCUUCACUGUCGCCAGUGGCGUGUGUACGGGUCACUACGGCCACCUCAUGCUCGCGGGGGCGAUGCUUGGCGCACAGCUACUACAGCGGCGGCACGGUGUUCGGUGCUACCAUGUGCACUUUGUGGACCACUUUCGAAACCCGCGCGAUCGCCGCAUCGUUCUUGUCAUUGGGGCCGCCGCCGGUAUCGCUGCCGCCUUCUGCGUGUCCGUUGGUGGCCUUCUCGUAGUGCUCGAACUCUUGUCAGCCGUCUACCCGGUGCGCUUUGCUCUCUAUAUUUUUGCUGCGUGUCUGCUGUCAACGUUGUUCACGCAAGGGUACUGGUCCUACUCGAUGAACCUCGAUGCGCCCUACCGACUGCACGGAGGGCUGCUGCUGCGCGAGGUUGUGGUGUUGUUUCGCUCUCACCUCCCCUUUGGCCAGCACGCAGUGAUGAAUUUGAUGGCGUUUAUCCCUGCCUUCGCUAUCGGGCUCUGCAGCGGCGCGUGCGCUGUGGGAUUUGUACGGCUGAGCUGGGCGGCGCUCUACUGCAGGCGGCGCCUGGAGGUGUGGCUGCGCACCAAGGCAAUCCGGUACGUGCUUCCGAUCCUAUUUACACUUCUGUACGUGAGCGUGCACUACUGGGUUGCUGUGGCUUUCUCAGCGGUGCCUGUAACCGAUGAAGCAACGACCUCUGCCCUUAGUGGGGACAGCAGCGCGCAGGCAAGUGGCAGAGCUGACUCAAAUACGUCGUCGUCUUCGAACGGUGGAGCUGCCGACGAGCACACGCCGGCGGUAUGCCGACCCGUGCCGUACACCGUGCGUAGCGGACGCAACGUGACGACCAUCGGCUUCUACGGCAUGAAUGGCUUCUUGUGCCCGGCGGGCAGCUACCCCGACGUUGGCGCUGCCGGUGUCUAUGACGCUGCACCGCAGGAAAAAGGUGCGUUGGGUGACAAGAUGACACUGCAGCAGCAGCGGCAGCAGACAGUGCGGGUAGUUGAUGCGUACGCCUCCCUGGCCUUCUCGUACGCGGACUCGACGCUGCAGACACUACUGAGUCAGCGAACGGAGCACUUGCUGCCGUGGCCUGCCCUCCUUACAUUUUCCCUUAUCUACUUUUUCGCCUCCGCUGUCUACUCCGGCCUCGGUCUGUACGGAGACACCAUGCUGUCGUCUCUGGUGAUUGGUGCGGCCAUCGGCCGCUGCAUCGGAGCGGCGGUGCACUCGGCAGCAGUUGCUUGGAACGUGAAUGCGGCCACGUGGGCGGACCCUGGCGUGUUUGCGCUCUUCGGCGCCGGCAGCUUUGUGAGUGCUACAUCGGGUCUUAGUUUUGGCAUUGGGGCCAUCCUCAUCGAGUGCACGGCUGACUUCCGCCAUCUCCUGCCACUCAUGUUUGCGAUUGCCGUGGCCCGACGCGUGCUCCUGCAGUGGGGCCGGGACGUGCACACGGUCUACCUGGAGGCCCGCGCCGUCCCCCUGCUCAACGCGGAGUCGUACCUGGGGCGGUACGGCUUGCUGGACGCACGACACGUGAUGCACUCUCCGGUCGUUUCUCUCCCUGUUGUCUGCACCCUCGAUGAUGUGGUGCGCACGCUGCGCAGCACGACGCACCAUGGUUUUCCCGUCGUCUCCCUCAACGACGGCACCUUCAAAGGGAUUGUCACGCGAGCGCAGCUGGAGCUGCUGCUGUGGCACCUGAUCAUGACUGAUGGACGCACAAGCCACUGCACCUACGACGUGAUGCAGCGCGUUGAGGACCACGUAUUCCACAGUGGCUGGCAGAGUAUCGACCCGACUCAACGCCUGCGCCAAGAGCGACUGCACACUGACCAAGUUUCGCUGUAUCCGUACGUGGACACUUCCGCCUUCACGGUGCUUGACACGACUUCCCUGCCACGCACCUACGAGAUGUUCACGACGCUAGGGCUGCGUCACCUUGUCGUGGUCGAUCGCAGCAACUACGCUGUUGGCAUAAUCACACGCAAAGAUCUCAUCGGCGAUCAUCUUUCAGCCGUGUUAGAAUCGCAAGACUCGCCGACACACACCGACCGCGUGCCGUCAUCAGCGGUAUUCGCAGCGGCCUUGACGAGCCUGCGGAAACCCUUUCAUCCGACCACCGCCCAGGUGUCGGAGGUGGCGCGGCAGUCGUCGAUGUCGAACCUGGCUGGACCAUCACCCCAUCACCGGUAG